GAUUUUUGACUUGUUUGUUUUUAUUUCAAGAGCAGUUACCAGUGCUCUAAAUCAUCACAAAAUUAAAGUAAAAAGAAAACGUGAAAAUUAUUCAUUAAUUAAUAAAAAAAAAAAUAUUGCAUAAAUAAGAGUGUAUUUUUUGGUUCAUUUCACAAAGAAUUAUUUUUUAAAAAUUUUGCGGUUUUAAAACCAGUUCAAUGGUUCAUCAGCGCACCCUCUUUUGCUCUUAUUUGUUUAUUUUUUUUUUGACAAAGAGGAAACAGCUGUUUAUAAUUGUUUAGAAAAUGAGGAGAAGCGACAAAAGCAAGUUAGCUGAACAUAUGUACACAUGUUGGUGUAUUUUUUUCUAUUAACUAUUUUAUACAUUAAUAUUUAUUUAAACUGUGUUUUACUAUGGCGGAAGACAACUCUCGGCCAAUAAAACGUUUGAAAUUAAACGAUAAUGCCGAAUGGUAUGCAUCUGCUAUAUUGACUGAUGAAUACUCGAAGGAGAUUCCACGUGUUACAGUUUACCUAAGCGAAUUGGACAACAAGCGCCAAAUAUCGAAUGUAAUGUACCAACUAAGUAAAAUGCUACCGCUGGAACAAAUGAACCUGCAGCAUUUGAAACGUGUACGGCAACUGGAUAUAAUUUUAUGUAAAGUUGGCGACUUGAAGGAUCAAAACAUAACGCAAUAUUUAGAAUCUGUAGGGCUUGGUAAUGAAGUGGUUGAUAUUUUGUGCAAAAAUAUACGUGAAUACGACGUUCCUGCUUUGCCGCCUAUGCUACGUUGGCAAUAUGAGUUGGCACAAACAUGUUGGCCAUGCAAAUUUCAUCCAGACAAAUAUAUGGAAUCAUUACACAAUGGAAGUAUAUUCAAUGAGAAGGAGCGUAAAUUCCAUUCUAACAUUAUGCAUUUGUUGUUAACAAUUAAAAAUUGUAUGGAAAACGACAAACCCUGUGGCAUCUGCAUUGAUCCACGCACAAAGUCAGUUGUUGCUCUGGCGAGUAGUCGUGCAUCAAUUAGUCCAGUAAUGCAUUGCCCAAUGAUGCUGGUCGAUUUUGUUGCACGUACACAAGACGGUGGCGCUUGGCGAGAAGAGGUUUCAGAUGAAUUCGCAAAUGAUGAUGAAGAAUUGUAUAACGAUGUAAAAGUGAAUCCUAUCAUAAGUGGUAUUCCUAAACGUUAUUUGGACUUUAUACGUACCGAUGAGAGAUUUAAAGAUAUACGAAUUGGUGCAGAAUUACCGAGAGCUAAAUUAAAAUGUGACGACAUUGAGCAAAAUGCUACUCUUAAUGUGGAUAACUUAGAAAAAUAUGGACCAUAUUUAUGUACUGGAUAUGAUUUGUAUUUAAGUCAAGAACCGUGUCUAAUGUGUGCAAUGGGCCUGGUACAUAGUCGCGCGCGAAGAGUUUAUUUCGAAAAACGCUCUUACAAUGGUGCACUGGUUACGCGUUUCAAGCUGCACGCAAUCAAAGAGUUAAAUCACCACUAUGAAGUGUUUCAAUGUAAGAAGCAAGGAGAGGAUUCAAACCAUGUAAUCUACAGUUGACAUUGGAAUACAUAUAAGUGUUAUAAAACCUCUUUUAUAAGUAAAUAGUAAUAUGUUGUAUAUUUUCUGUAUUGAUUAUGACUAUAUUUUAUGUAAAUAAAGUUUUUUUUUUAAUUCACA